GUCCUGCGAGUGCGCCCCCUCCCCGGCUGCCCGCCCCGCGCGGGUGCCGCCUCGCUCCGUCCCGCUCCACGCCGUAGUUGGGGAGGUGCCUAAGACCGCGGAGCUCCCCGCCUGGCUCGGCCUCCCGAUUUGCAUCAGUGGAACGGGUCUGAUAGCAGUUCCCACACCGUCUGGUAGGACUCCCGGGUUGGGAGUCCAGCAUCUGCCAUUUAGUAAUUGCUCAAUAAACGUUAGCUGUUCUCCGCCCUCACUGUAGGGUCUGCAUCCGGCGGUGGUCACUAAGUAUCUCGUUGCUUAAAUAAGGGAAUGAAAGUUGAAUGAGCGAUGAGCAAAGUAUUUAAUGAAAACUAUUAAUCCCCCGGCGGUACCUAUGGAUGAUAGGAAGGCUUCUCUGGCAGUGAGCAGUGUUGGGUCUGGAAGAGCAGAUGUAUUAGUUUGCUAGGGCUGCCAUAACAAUACAAGUGACUUAGACUACAGACUUAAUUUUUCCCACAGUUCUAGAAGUUGGAAGACCAAGAUCAAGGAUCAGGCAGGUUUGCUUCCCCCCGCCCCCUCUUCCCCAAGCUUUCUCCUUGGCUUGCAAGUGGCCAUCUUUGUGCUUGUCUUCACAUGGUCUCUCCUCUGUGCUCCUGCAUCUCUGAUGUCUCUCUGUGGUCCAGAUCCUCUCUUCUCAUAAUGACAUCUUUGAGACCGGAGUAGGGCCCACCCUCUUGGCCUGGGUUUUAACUUCAUUACCUCUUCAAAGGCUUUGAUCUCCAUGUGCAGUCACAUUUUGGGAACAGGAUUGAGCCCUUAACAAGGAAUUCACCAGGGGGACAAGGAGGUGAAUAUUUGCCAACAGAAAUGACAGAAUGGCCAAGGGGUUGUAAAGCAGGGUGCCCCAGGUGUUUUGUGGUAGUGUUUUUGCACAGGGCACACAGCAUAUUAUUCUUGUGCUGUCCUGCAUUUUCUUUUUCGUUUAACCCCCCCCUCCCCAAUUCAAAGAGGAUAAACCCUCUUCAUUCUUGGUCUGACAGACUUAACUUUCAGGUUUCAGCAAUGAUGUCUCUUCCUUCAGAAAGUUUUCCCUUGACCCUCCCCGCACAGGUUUCCUCCCCCUACUUAAUAAUGCUCUUGCAGUGCUGUACUUUUUUUUCCCACUGGACUGAUGCUUCAUGAAGGCGUGGAUGAGCAUAUGGAGUUGUUCACCGUUGUAUCCUCAGCACCUGUAGACAGUGGAUACUCUGUAAAAUUAAGUAAUUGAUGGGAAACUGAGGGCCAGGGAACAGAUCCUGUUCAAUUUGCCAGCACUCAUCCUUACAACAAUAUCUUGUACAUAUUAGACAUACAAUACCUAUUUAACUGAAUUGGCCUUCCUAGUAGACAGAGUCAACAUAAAGCUAAGGCAAGACCAAGGCUUGUUUGCUUAAAACCAGCACUCUCGGGUGGGGUGAGGGACUAGAAAUAAGCGAGUUGAAAGUGCUAUAUGUAUAUAAUGGAGUUUUAUUGAGCCAUAAAGAAGAAUGAAAUAUGUCAUUUGCUGGAAAAUGGAUGUGACUUGAGAGAUUUUUGUAAAGUCAAAUAAGCCAAAUUCCGGAAGGCAAGGGUCAUAUGUUUUCUUUCAUAUAUGGAAGGUUGGUAGGAAAAGAGGGGGAUCUCAUGAAAUAGAAGGGAAACCAGUAGAGUAGAGGAAGGGGGCCAGGGUGAGGGAGGAGGGGAAGGAAAGGGGAAACACUGGAGAAUGAAACUGACCAAAUUAUAUAAUGUGCAUAUACAAAAUGUCACAAUGGAUCCCACUAUUGAUAUCAUUAUAAUUGUAUUGAUAUCAAUAUAAAAUUUUUUUUAAGCAUAAUGGGCAAAUACCCCUUAGGAUCCUUCUAAGGAAGCUUGGUAUUGAGGCACAUGAACUUUGGACCCUUGGAGAAGUAAUCUAUUAAUGGCUUCACUGAAAAACUUUGACAAACUCAUCCAUUUGUGUUGGACCAAUUGAUAGAAUUGCAGCACACCCCCACCCCCACCCCAAACAAGGGCUUUUGCUGUAGGUGCUUUCCCUGCAGGUUAAAGUUCCAUUCUGGCUCUUGUUCCCUUUAAAAGCACUUCCUCAUUCACAUCCACCCAAGGGAAGGUUUUUCCUUCCAUUUUUCUUUUUUCCUAUAUUUCUAUCAUUUGAUAUCAUUCUAACAAAGCCAAAUUUUCUACCUUUAUAUUUCUGGUAUAGAUCUGUAGCUUUUAGGAAAAGAAAAAAACCUUAGAGUGUCUAGUCCAAGGUUCUUGCUGUAGUUUGGGUCUUAUAUGUUCCCCAGGGGCCCAUAUGUUGAACACUUGUUACCUAGACUGGUGCCGUUGGGAUGUGGUGAAAAGAAGAGGGGCCUUAUAGGAGGCCCUCGGGUCAUUAGGGCUGUGCCCUUGAAGUAAUGGUGGGGGCCCAGCCUUCUUCCUCUACACUCUGGUCAUGAAGUAAGAAGUUUUGGUCCAUUAUGAAUAACUGCCAGAAUGUGCUACCACAAAGCCAAAGCAAUGGGGCCAACCCAUCAUGAACUAAAACUCUAAAACUAUGAGCCAAAAUUAACCUUUUCUCUUUAUAAGUUGAUUAUCUCAGGUAUUUUCUAUAGUAACAGAAAGCUAUCACACUGAGCAGCAAACAUGGACGAAAUCCCUGUGUUCCUCCUGUCACACCAGCACCUUGUAUGCCACAUAUUUGUCCUGAAUUGUGUAGAGACUUCAUGCAGUGCUUGUCGGUGGGGUCACUUGAAUCAGAAAGCAGUAGAUUGAAGAGGCAACUGAUUUGGUCAAGGGAAGCUUUUGCUAGUGACUAAAGAAGUGUUUCACCUCACGGUUCGGUGGGUCAGGAAUUUAGGCAGAUGUCAGCUGGGUAAUUCUUUAGUUCCAUGUGGUUUCAUCUGGGACAUUGAGUGGUAUUCAGCUUCUGGACAGGCUACCCUGGGGAGUAUGAGCAUGGCUUCCCUGGGAUCUGGAGCCCCGGAGCCCUUCUCCCUCUCCAGGUAGUCUAUCUAGUUGGAUGUCUACAGCUGACUGAGGCUUCCCAGAGCCAGUUUUCCAAAAGAUGGGAAGUAAAAGCUGUCAGCUCGUAGGGCCUGGGCCUGGGAGUGAACAGUAUGUCCCAAUGUCUCACUGUCACCCUUCUGUUUAAGUGGUGUACUGUGCACUUAUUUUGUUGUCCUUACUAGAAUAUCAGCUUCAUUAGGGUGGGGACCCAGCAUGUUUUAUUCUUUGCUAUUAACCUAUAGCCUAGCACACAGUAGUUAUUAUAGUUGUCAUAUGAUUAAACUUCCUGGGUACACAUAACGGUUUCCUAACUGUUGGUCAGCCUUUUGUUGCUGUAACAAAAUCCCUGAGAAAAUCAACUUAAAGGAAGAAAGGUUCAUCUUGGCUCACAGUCUCAGAGGUGUUAGUCCCAGGUCACUUGGUUAUAUAUUGUUUCUGGCCUGUGGUGAGACAGAACACCAUGGUGGGGAGGGUGUGACAGAGCAAAGUGGCUCACCUCACAGUGAGCAGGAAGCAGAGAAAGAGGGAGAGCAAGGGCCAGGGGUAAAAUAUACCCUUUAAGACACACUCCCUGUGACCUCCUUCUUCCAAGUCGCUACCUCCUGCCCACCUGAUGGACCACAUAAGCCUUUGGGAGACUAUGGCAUUAUCCCAUUGAGAGUCAGGGUUCUUAGAAGGCCUGUGAAGCUCACUGUGGCUUGCCAUCUAGGAUGGCAUCUCCUGCCACUGAGUCGCACUCCAGAGGCCUACUGCCUAUGGUCUGUCUGCCCUAGGUAGCUGCCUGGCUCCUUCCCUGACUUCCCUCACACCUACCAGAGAGGCACAAAGGCCCCGGAUCCAGCACACUGCUGCAGGGUGCCUCCUGUUGUCUGGUGAAGGUAGUUAUUUUGACUUGCACCUCAUUUCCCUAAGAUGGCCCUGAUUUUCCCCAGCUUCCAAUUCACUGACCCAUAAGUUAGGUGUUUGACAGAUGUGGGUUUGAUCUCAACUAGUUGUCUUUUUUUAACCUUGUAUGGAUAUAGGUGUAUUGUUUUAUUUUUUAAUUUAACAUAACUAAGUAGACCAUGAGAGGUACACUUAGUAUCAUGGUUGUAUUCUGGAUUUACACUAUCAAAAACAGUGACCAUUUAAAUAUAUAUUUGUAGGAUGAAAUUUCAGUUCCUCAGUCAUGUUUCAAGGGCACGGUUGUCCCACAUAGCCAGUGGCUACUGUGUUGAGUACCCAGCAGAGAACAUUUCCAUCCUGCAAAUGGUGCUCUUGAGCAGCACUGGUCUAGAUGCUGCCAAGUGAGCUUCAUGGGGGGCGGGGGUAUGUGUUUGAGCUGAAGGAGCGCUGCCAUGGGGAGGUGCAGAGGAGCGAGUGCUGUGGGGGCUGCGUCAUGUCCAGUGGUGGUGUUGAGUCUCCUCUCAUGCUCUGCUCCAGGUCUCAUGGUUUAGCAUGGACCCUGUUGCUGCCCACAGCUGCCAUCUUCUCCAACAACUGCAUGAGCAGCGCAUUCAGGGCCUGCUUUGCGACUGCAUGCUGGUGGUGAGAGGGGUCUGCUUCAAAGCACAUAAGAACGUUCUGGCAGCCUUCAGCCAGUAUUUCAGGAGCCUCUUUCAGAAUUCUUCAAGCCAGAAGAAUGAUGUUUUCCAUUUGGAUGUCAAAAACAUCAGCGGCAUAGGGCAGAUCCUGGACUUCAUGUAUACCUCUCACCUAGACUUGAACCCAGACAAUAUUCAAGUAAUGCUGGACACAGCUCAGUGUUUGCAAGUUCAGAACGUUCUGGAUCUGUGCCACACAUUUUUAAAAUCAGCCUCUGAACAGCCACCUGGCAUGCCUUGUGACAGUACAUUCUCCCUGCAAAGCACUCUGGCCCCAGAUGCCACCUGUGUUAUGAAUGAAAACUACCCUCAUUUACUGCAAGAGUGUCCUGCAGGGACCCAGCAUGCUAAGGUUUUGGAUGAGCCACAUCCUCACGCUCCGUCAGUCAGUCUUCAUCAUUCCACAGGUGAAAUGUCCAAACAAGCCCCCAGUGCUUUAGACAGCAGCUGCUCAGAACUGCCUUGCAAACAGCCAAGUUACUAUUACAAACUCAGAGACUUUUACAGUAAGCAGUACUGCAAACAGGCCGCUUGUCCCAGCCAAGAGCGAGGAACCGAGCAGCCUUUUGCCUUCACUUCCCCUACAGACCUCGCUGCAGUGGACAGCCAGUCUUGUGCUAUCAGUCAUUCUGAGUGUCUCCUGGAGUCUUCCGAGCACUUGCCUUCUACCUUCCUGGCCCAGCCGCCCAGUGACUCCAUCCCAGACCCUGAGUCAGAUGCCCCCGGCCAACAACCUACCAAACAGAUGAGGCUCAAAAAGGCCAUUCACCUGAAGAAACUCAAUUUCCUAAAGUCCCAGAAAUUGACAGAGCAAGCAUCUGAACACAAGUUGGAUUAUGGUUUAACAAAGAAGACGGAAUCUGCCCGUGAAAAUAUGGCAGAGGAAGCUAGCAGCCGAAGUACUGAAGAAAAAGAAAGUGAAGACAUCAGUUCUGAGAAUUUUAAUUGCGUUAGUGAGAUGGAGCUGUCCGAAGCCCCCGCCACACUGGAAGAUCAGUCCCAGAGUCUUCAUUCACAGAGACAGUACGCAUGUGAAUUGUGUGGGAAACCUUUUAAACACCCAAGCAACUUGGAGCUGCACAAACGGUCUCAUACAGGUGAGAAACCUUUUGAAUGUAACAUAUGUGGGAAACAUUUCUCUCAGGCAGGCAACCUGCAGACUCACUUACGCAGGCACUCUGGUGAAAAACCCUACAUCUGCGAGAUCUGCGGGAAGAGGUUUGCAGCCUCCGGUGAUGUCCAGCGUCACAUCAUCAUUCACUCGGGAGAAAAGCCACACUUGUGUGACACCUGUGGCCGAGGGUUCAGCAACUUCAGUAACUUGAAGGAGCACAAAAAGACACACACGGCUGACAAGGUCUUCACCUGCGACCAGUGCGGGAAGUCCUUCAACAUGCAGCGGAAGCUGGUGAAGCACAGGGUCCGGCACACCGGGGAGCGUCCCUACAGCUGCUCCGCCUGUGGGAAGUGUUUCGGGGGCUCCGGCGACCUGCGCAGGCACGUCCGCACGCACACCGGGGAGAAGCCCUACACGUGUGAGAUCUGCGGCAAGUGCUUCACGCGCUCGGCCGUGCUGCGGCGGCACAGGAAGAUGCACUGCCGGGCUGACGCCGAGAGCCCGGGCGUACUGGAGGAGCUCGGCCGCGCCCUCGAGACCUCCGACCUGGAGAGGUCCCAGAGCUCCGACUCCUUCUCCCAGGACGUGUCAGUGGCGCUGAUGCCAGUGUCCGUCAAACUCCCUGUCCACCCGGUGGGAAACUCCACGACGGAAUUUGACAGCCAGUCUGCCGGCUCCUACUGCAAGUUACACUCCAUGAUUCCCCCUCCUGGUGCCAGUGCCCAGGAGAAGCUGAGCUUGGACGCUGUCAAGCUGGCCAAGCCCCAGGUGCCCCAGGCCCAGCCCCAGGCCUACACCUACCCAGACAUGGACACUCCUGCCAGCAGCGAGCCGCUGCAGGCCGACAGCACAGCCAUGGUCCGCUCCUCUCUGGCUGCUUUGGACAAUCACUGCCCUGAUCCCCUGGGCGGCCGUGCGUCUUCCACGGCUUAUAGGAACUCAGAGGGGCAGUUUUUCUCCAGUAUGACGCUCUGGGGGCUGGCGAUGAAGACACUGCAGAAUGAAAAUGAGUUGGACCAAUGACCCCACAUCAGCACCUGCUGCCCAGUGUGGCUUCCUCAGUGUGGCCAACCAGUCUCAAGGCCACAGUCCUCCAUCCUCCCUGCACCUGGUCCCUGCCGACCAUCAGAGGCUAUGUAGAUGCUUCCCCUCCUGACAAUGGGAGGAAGCCCACUGGUGCCCCUGGAGCAGGCGCGGGAGUGGGGCUCCCAGAGCCUGGGGCGGAAGAAGCCAUCACCUUACCUUCCACCAGCAUGAGCGCCCAUGCUUUGUGUCAACUACUGUACACUUUUGUGUUAAAGGAAAAGUAUAUGUGUAAUAAUACAGAUAUUAUUUUUGCAUUUUUACAAGAUUGAAAUUUGUAGCAUUUUGUAUUUUUAUUUACAGAUUCUAUUUGUAUAGGAAACAUAAUUUAAUUUGAAUAAACAAAACUUGUUUUCUAUAUAAUAUUUGUUUUCUCCAAAUGAUGAUCAUCUGAAGAAGAUGGUAUAAAAAUAAAUAUCAAUGUGCAAGGCCCUGGGUUUGAUCUCAGCACUGGCAAAAAAUUAAAAUAAAGGUUAGCAAGGUCUUGGCAGCA